GAACUUCUGACCAUGGGGGACUGGAACCUGUUGGGCAGCAUCCUUGAAGAAGUGCACAUCCACUCCACGAUAGUUGGCAAAAUCUGGCUCACAAUCCUGUUCAUAUUCCGGAUGCUGGUGCUGGGAGUGGCUGCUGAAGAUGUCUGGGAUGAUGAGCAGUCUGAGUUCAUCUGCAACACAGAACAACCUGGCUGCAGCAAUAUCUGUUAUGACAAAGCCUUCCCCAUCUCUCUGAUCAGAUACUGGGUGCUUCAGAUUGUAUUCGUCUCUUCUCCGUCGCUAGUUUACAUGGGCCAUGCACUCUACAGAUUGAGGGCUCUUGAGAAAGAACGACAGAAGAGGAAGGCCCAGCUGCGAGCCCAGCUAGAAGAUCUGGAGCCCAUGCCUGAGGAGCAAAGGAGAGUGGAGAGGGAGCUGCGUAAGCUGGAGGAACAGAAGAAAGUGAAUAAGGCACCCCUGAGAGGGUCUCUGCUGCGCACCUAUGUCCUACAUAUCCUGACCCGGUCAGUGGUUGAAGUGGGCUUUAUAAUAGAGAAGACCAUCUUUAUGGUUUUCAUGAACAGCAUUGCUGCAGUCUCCCUGUUCCUCAACAUUCUUGAGAUCGCCCACCUGGGUCUCAAGAAGAUCCAGAAGAGCCUCUGUGAGUGGCCACGGUGUCCAGCGGGCCCUGCCAAGGAGAAGACCAUCCUCUACAGCUCCAAGAAGAGCUCCAUGGUGCCCCCGGCUUGCACGUCCAGCGACGCCUUCCCGCCACGCCCAGCCACUGCCCCGCCACCGCCCCACGCUCCCGCCGCAGCUCCCGCUCCCGGGGCGGCGGCCCCUCCAGGCCGGCAGCACCGCGGAGAGCUCCGUGGCACGCCACCGCCCCGCCGCCGGCGCGGCUCGGUGCAGCACCACGGGCAGCAUCCGCCGCCCUCCUCCAGCAGCGAGGAGGCACCGCGGGUCGCGGCAGGCGACCCCACGGGGGCGACAGGGGCGGCGGCGGCGGCCCGGCGGGCGCCCCGCAAGCACAGCCGGGUGAGCGUCUGCCGCGACCUCGAUGAGGAGCGCGGCAACUCCCCGGACAGCGGACACUGCCCCGGCACCCGCAAGUCCAGCUUCCUCUCCCGCGUACUCACCGGCAGCCGGGCGGGCAGCGACAGCGAGAGCGCCGCGUCCCGCUGCGGCUCCGGCCCCGGCUCCGGCUCGGGCUCGGAGGGGCAGCGCCUUGACGAGGGCGUGCCGCCCAGCAGCCCGCCGCCCGCCGCCGCCAUGGGACGCCGCGUCUCUAUGGCAAGUAGCGGCCCGCUGCCCCAGGGCAGCCCGCGGGAGGGGGGCGGCGGAGGGUCCCAGGUGAGACGAGCCUGCCCGGUUGCCUGUCCCGGCCUUUCGGGUCAGGGGUGA